UCUUCCAACAUUCCCUCUUCGCGCUUUAUGAUUAUGCUUUCUGAAGUAAUACACUAUUCGCUACGCGUCCAUAUCUGAAGACGCUUUAUCAAAAACUAGCGAAAUGGAAUCUUAUCGAAUUAUCAAUUUUAUUUUAUACGCUGACUAAUAAUUCCAGUAUAUACGCAUUUAUAGUUGCGUGAAACAAUUUGGUACAUGUAAUUUUAAUAAUAAUCUAUCAACAGAUUGAUUAGAAUAAUUUGUUCUAUUUUAUUUAACAAAUAUUAUCGAUAUUUGUACAUUUGUAUUAUAAAUAAAAAAUUUUACAAUAAUUUAACAAAUUUUACAAAUAAUUUAAAUUUAUCUGAUUUUUUAGUAAAUGAUUCGUUAAUUAAAUUUUUGAAAAAUAAUAUUGUUACUCUUAUAUAAAAGUGCAAUUGAUUUUCAACUAUCACAUUCAUAGGUAUUUAAUCAACAGUAUUAAGAAAUACAUAAAAAGAAAAAAAAUAUGAAUAAAUAAAAAAAAAUUUAUUUAAUCUCAAAAAAUGGCAAACAAUUUAAAUUCAAUUUGUGAAGAAAAAUCUACACGAUUUUUACAAAUUCCUUUAAAAUCAACUGAACAGAUUUAUUUAAUCUUUUUAAUUCCAACAGUUAUUACUUGUGUGGUAUAUAUAAUUCAUUUUUCUGCUGAUUUAGUAGUUGCUAUUCAACAUUUCAAAGAAAAUAAUAUAAUAUGGGCUUGUUGUACCAUUACUUUCAUGUAUGCACCUGCAAUUGCAUAUUUUAUGUUAACUGUUUCAAGACCAGAUUGGUGGAUGUCAAAUGAUGAUAAAUUAACAAAGAGUAUCUUUUGUUGGUUUUGCCUUCAAUUUUGUCAAUUGGUGGGCUUUGUUCUUUUUGCUCUUUAUAGGUAUGCAGGUCUUAUAGUAUUAUGCAUUGAAGCUAUUAUUUUAACUGGAAAAGAGAGAACAGAGACUUUAAAUGUAGCAGCUACACCUGCAGCUAUAGAAUUAUACUUUUUUUUACAAGCAUGGUUUCAAGCAGCUCCUCAAGCUCUUUUUCAAACACAUUUACUUUUUCGUGAAACAUCAUUUCAUCAAAGUCAUCAAUCUGUAAUUGUAAAGGUGCUUUCUAUUAGUAUGUCUAUUAUAAUACUUGCUAUUCAAACUACCUCAUUUCAAAGAUUUGAAAGUCAACGUAUUAAUGGUAGAAAAUUACCAUGGGCAAUGUGGUUAAAAAAAUAUUGUAUUCAGGAAUUUUGUGAUUUUGAAGAAAGAGCUCCUUUAAAACUAUCAAAUGUAAAAAAAAAUAAUACUUUAGAGAAUUCUCUAGAACAAAAAGAAUCUAUACAAGUUCAACAUGAAGAUAAAGAGCAAUGUGACCAUAUUUCUCUUGAUCGUCAAGUAUCUGUAACACCUCCUUUACCACCUAAAAAUGUAUAUAUUACACCACCUCCAACUCCUUUACGUGGAAUUACUACAGUUAUACCUUUGCCUAUACCAGAUGUACCAGCUCCACCAAGACCAGAUUCUAUUUGUACAGUUGUAGAAAACUCAGAUUCUGAAAAAUCAUUUAAGAAAGUAUCUAUUGCAGCAACAAAAAAAAACAAUAAUACCAUACAAAAUUUAAAAGUUCCUCAACGAAAAUAUUCAACAAAAGGUUUAGAAGAAGAUGAUCCUAUAGGAAAAUUUUUAAGUUUUUUAUGGUGGUUUUUUUUUAUUCUAGCACGGAUACUUACUAUUGCUGUAUUCUAUGAAUUUUUUCCACUUUAUUUAUCCAUUGUGCUUAGUUUACAUUAUGGUAUUAUGUUAAUAUAUCUUUUUUAUUAUACAAAAUAUUAUGACAUUAUUACUUUUUUUCUUAAUCUGUGGUUAGGAUUAGUGUAUAUAAUUAGUUUAAUUGAAUACAGAAUUAAAUUUAAAUAUGCAGAUAAAUGGAUAUUACCAUAUUACAUUUUUGUAUUAAUGCAAAAUAUGUUUUUAACAUUAUCUUGGUAUUUCUAUUCAGAUUGGGACGGAUUUUGGUAUACUUAUGUAUUUUAUGUAAUAUUUGGAAGUAUGACAUUAUGUAUUUUAUCAACUAUAAUUUAUUGUGUUUUAUUUAAACCAAAGAAACAUAGGAUAUAUACAAGCUGACAAAUGCAUAAAACUUUUUCAUGGUAAAAUAUUCAUUAAAAUGUGAUUUUACAAAUGCUUUAAUUUUUAUAUAUUAUAUGAACAUGAUUUUGUUUCUUAUUUAUACAAAUUAUUAUAUAUGAAAUAGAUUUAUUAAAAAUCUCUUAAUGAACAAAACAAUGAAAUAAUUGACACAAUUAAAAUUUAUAUAAUUACAAUUUUUAAAUGUAAAACAAGAAAUUAAGGAAUUAAUAAUUAGAUAAUACAUCAAAAAUAUAUUUAUCAUACUUUAUAAAUUAGAUAUCUAUAUUUAUAUGAAACAUUCAUAGAAAAAUCUAUUUAAAAAACUUUUAUAAAUAGUUACUAGAUAUGGCAGCAUAUUCUUUUAUCUAUGAAUUUUAUAUGUUAUUUACACUAUGUAUUUAUAUACAGAAAUACAUUAUUGUUCCAAAAAUAAGCAACAGUCUUUUAGCUCAAAAUAAAUAAAUUGCUAUUUUCACAUAUGUAUUUGAAAUCAUUCGCAUAAAUUUUUACAAUUGAAUGAAUAGUAUUAUAUAAUAAAAGAAUAGAAUAUGUAUAAUGCUUUCUUACUCUGGCAAUUUUUUUAUGAAUAUAUAUAUAUUCCGAAAUAUAUAUAAAUAAAUUUAUUUAAUCAACUAAUUGUUCAUUUAAUAUAUUAUAUAUAUCAAAAAUAUUUUUAAGAAUAUUCUUGUUAAAUAUUGUUAAUAUGUUCUAAAAUAUUAUUUUAAAAAUAUAAUUAUAUUAAAAAUAUUUUAUCUUUUAUUUUCCAUUAAUAUGAUUUUUAAAUAAAUUAAUGUGUUAAAGACAUAAAGAAAGAAAAAACUCAAUUAAUACAAGAUUGAUUCUAUUCAAAGAUUUGAUAUUUUAAAAGAAAUUUUAAAACAAAAAGAGAUAUACAGUAUCAAAUUUUCGCAUCAUCACGAAAUUUGUAUUUUCAAUAUUUUCAAUUGUUCUUUAAGUACAUAUAUAUAAUAUAUAUUAUAUAUAUUAUAAUAUAUAAUAUAUUAUAUAUAUUAUAAUAUAUAUAAUAUAUAUUAUAUAUAUUAUAUAUUAUAUAAAAUAUUAAAAUAAUCAUUAAAGAAUAAGAAUAAAAGAAUGAUACUAAAUUAGUAAAUUGAAGCAUAUUUUAUUCAUACGAAUUUAUAUUCGGAAUCGCUAGAGUGAGAAAAUAUAUCAUGUUCUGUUUUUUUUUAAAUAAUAAUUUUUAAAUAUUUAUUAUUCGAUCAAAUCUUUAUAAUUUACCAUUAUCUCAAGAUUCCUUUGAGAAUAAAAGCAAACUUGAAGAAGAAUAUUAAUAAUAUAUUUGAUCAUAAACAAUUGACUGGUCCCAAAUAAUUUGCUUAUUUCGGAACAAUAUUGUAUACUUGAUCCCGAGCGACUUACUUAUUUCGGAACAAUACUGCAAUAAUAUGAAUACUUAUUAGUAUUAAAAUAUGUAUAUUAUGUAUUUUCAUCUUUAAGAUUUUAUAUAUUAAAUUUAAAUACUUAUCAUUUUAUAUAGAAUCGAUAUUUAUUUUCACGAUAUUCGUGACGUAAACUAAAAAAUAUAUAAAAUAGAUCACAUUAUUUUGUAUCUAACUGCUUAGCCUUAGCAGAAAAUUAUUAAUUAUUAUAUAAAGUAUAAUAAGAUAAUAUCAAUGAACAAAUAUUAAUAAAUGUAAUUUGAUAAAAAAUA